UCUCAAUUAAUAAUGGGAAAUACGGAAAGUAAUGUUACUAGCGGUGUUAAAAAGCAAGCCGGGGCUUCUAUGCAAGCCAUUUAUAAAUUUGUUGAUUUAAAAGGUGGUGGUUUAUUUGUGGAAUUAAUGAAAAGAGCCGCUCAAAAUAAACAGUACGCUGAAAUUGAUCAUGCUAUAAAAACUAAAAUUGAACCGUUUUUGUAUAAUAAAGGUGAAGGAAAAUAUAUUCCAUUAGCACAAUUAGUAUUGUUAAGAAAUAAAGAUAGACCAAGACAUAAAUUGUUACCCCAAUUAAAAAUGAUGGAAAAUCCUGAUGAUUUCGAAAUUGAUGAUGAAGGACCUGAUAUUUCGGAAGAAGAGUAUCAAAAAAAUCCACAUCUUUAUAGACAUUUAUGUUGGAAAUUAAAAGAACGCGGGGCCGUUGGUGAAACAAUCCUUCAUCUAUGCCUUUUGAACGCAACAUCUCUUCAUAGCGAUAUAGCUAAACGUAUUUUAAGAUUUUAUCCAAAAUUAAUUAACGAUAUUUAUAUGUCAGACGAAUAUUAUGGUGAAAAUGUUCUUCAUGUGGCAAUUGUAAACGAAGAUCCUUCAAUGGUUAGAUACCUUUUAGACGCUGGGGUAAAUUUUCAAGAACGUUGUUUUGGUAAUUUUAUGUGCCCUGAAGAUCAAAAAUCUUCAAGAUGGGAUUCUUUGGAUCAUGAGUGGGUUAAUGUUUGUAUAGAAACGAAUUAUGAUGGAUAUGUUUACUGGGGUGAAUAUCCAUUAUCAUUCGCCGCAUGUCUCGGACAAGAAGAAUGCUUCAGGUUGAUGUUAUCUAGGGGAGCUGAUCCAGAUGCACAAGAUACAAAUGGAAAUACCGUGUUGCAUCUUUUAGUUAUUUACCAAAAAAUUGAUGCUUUUGAUAUGGCUUAUGAGGUCGGAGCUAGUUUAGCAAUAAAAAACGUAAAAAACUUAACACCCCUUACUUUAGCCGCUCAAUUAGCUCGCGUUGAAAUAUUUUUUCAUAUAUUAAAUAUUGAACGGGAAAUUUAUUGGCAAAUAGGGAGUAUAACAUGUGCUGCUUACCCUUUAAGUCAAAUUGAUACCAUCGAUAUCGAAACAGGAAACAUCAGCAAAACUUCAGUUUUAAAUUCAGUUGUAUUUGGUGAUAAAGGUGAACAUUUAGAAUUAAUGGACGGUGUCAUCAUCGAUUUAUUAACGGCAAAAUGGAAUGCUUUCGUUAAAAAGAAAUUUUACAGACAAUUCUACACCUUCUCAUUUUAUUUUAUUAUCUCAUUGGUUUGUUUUACUUUAAGACCCGGGCCUCUAAUGUCAUCGGUUUCAACAAAUUCGACCAACUCAACUAAUAUUACGCUAAAAAUAAAUAUUUCCGAGUCUUUAAAUUUUGGUAUUGUGUUAAAUGAAACGUUUCGAUACGAAAAUGAAACGGAGAACGUCGAGGAAUGGUGGGAAUCCAUGCAAGAGGAAUGCCGAUUAUUAAAUUUUGACAAUAACGAGAAAAAAAUUCGAGUCGCAGCUGAAAUCGCUAUUUUAAUUGGUGCUUUUAGUUAUUUAGCAGCGGCUGUUAGAGAGGCGCGAUUUUUAGGGGUUAGAAUGUUUUUUGAAAAUUUGAUGACCGCUCCAUCCAGAGUUAUGUUUCUAUUUUCGUGUAUAUUAAUGCUUAUAAUUCCGUGGCUAAGAUUUUCAUGCUCAGAUGAAAUUGAAGAUUCUAUUGCUGUUAUUAUUAUGUUAACGACAGCGCCGUAUUUUCUAUUUUUCUGCAGAGGAUUUAAAACGGUUGGUCCUUUCGUUGUUAUGAUUUAUCGUAUGGUUAUGGGUGAUUUACUUCGAUUCGCUUCAAUUUAUUUGGUUUUUGUAAUGGGAUUUUCACAAGCUUAUUACAUAAUUUUCCUAUCUUUCGAUAAUCCCUUAACCCCUGAAGAUGUUGACGAUUCCGCAACAAACCCCAUGUCUACCCCGAUGGAAUCAAUAAUGGCGAUGUUUUUAAUGUCUUUAACAAAUUUCGGGGAUUAUUACACCGCAUUUUCAAGAACUGAACACGAAUACGUAGCAAAACUUCUAUUUGUUAUUUACAUGGGAAUAGUGGCAAUUUUAUUAAUUAACAUGUUAAUCGCAAUGAUGGGAAAUACAUAUCAAAAAAUAGCUGAAACAAGAAAUGAAUGGCAAAGACAAUGGGCUAGGAUUGUGUUAGUUGUUGAAAGAGGAGUUAGUCCAGCUGAAAGAUUGAAACAAUUAAUGGUUUAUUCUCAACCAAUGUCUGAUGGAAGAAGAGCUUUGGUUUUGCGACUUAAUCAAAGCGAUGAAGAUAAAGAAGAAAUGAAGGAAAUCCUUGAAAUGAAAAGAAGACAUGAAAGACAUGUUAAUAAAAGGAAAGAAAAAGUUGUUGGAAAGAAAACCCUUUCUAGUCAAUUAUCAAAAACAACUCACGUUAUUUAAAUGUAAUACAAAAUAGUAAUGUAAAGUAUGUGUCAUGUAAAAAUUCACCUGCAUAUAUGCUUUGUUGAUUUGUCCAAAUUUGAUAUCAUAAACAUAAUACACAAAUUAGACACAAAGAACACAACUAAAGAAAAGGCCAGAGAAGAAUUAACUGAAGACAUCCCAAUAUCAGAUAGCAUCCGAAAAGGUCUCUCUUGCCCAUUUUUGUUCAACGUAUUAAUGGAUAAAAUAAUCGAGGAAGUGAUAACUUUAAUUUUAGGAUAUAAAAUAGGUCAACAGAAAGUCUGCUUAAUAUGCUACGCUGAUUACGCUGCAAUAAUCGCUAACUUAGUGAACUGCAACAACAACUACAUAGAUUCUAUCAAGCAAGUGAAGCUCUGAACAUGAAUUGGGUUGUCUACUUUAAAAAUUAAAUGCAUGGUGGUAGCAAGAGUGCCAAAAAAAUGUAAUCUGGUAGUCGACAAUAUUCCCAUCGAACUAGUCAUGAAAUGUUCCUACUUUCCCAAACAUUCACGAUCCCGCAAAAGACCUGAGAAGUCAAAUCAACAAAGUGUCCGGAAUCUCAAUUUGAGAUAAUGUUUGGUCGAACAAAUUCAUGCAUAUAGGUAGUAGAAUGCGCAAUAAAAGUACCUCUUAGUAAAGUACAUAGUAUAAACUAAAUAGUAAAGUACCUAAUUGCUUACGGCAUUGAAAUAUGCAGACACAAAUAAAUAGAAGAGCAAGUUAAGAGUAGAAGAAAUGAAGACCCUGAAGGCGAUCUCAAGAAAGACCAGAUAGGGCAGAAUUAAUAACUCCAAUAUCAGAGACCAACGCAGGGUUCAGGCCGUUGUAAAAUGUUUAAAAUUGUGUUUACAAAUAACCAGCCUAGAACCAAACAACCAAAGAGAUGGAGAAAGCUGGCAGUCAACUUAUCAGGAGAUAUUUAUCUUUUAUUGAAUACUACAUAUUCUUUUCGAAUUACUUUUCCAAAGAAAAAACAAUAAAAAGUGCGCCAUUUUUACAAACAAGCCGCAAUAUGAUGACCAAUUUCAGGUUGAUAUAAUUUUAAUCACUGAGCUUCGGCCGCAAGUGACCUAGGCUUAAUUGGUCAAACGAUCUACAACUUCACCUAAUAAAAUCGAGGCGCCGCUACAUGACAACCAGUUUUAUGAAAUUAUGCUAUUAAAACCAGAGAAGGCCAAGAACUGUUCACUAGAUACCGACCGAUUAGUUUAUUAUCUAACCUCCGAAAACCUAGAAAAGAUAACCGUCAAUGUGGAAUAAUGCAUGGACAGUUUGGAUACAGAAGCCACUUCUCGACCAGCCAUCAACUGCAACGAUUAUCGAACAUGAUUGAAAUCUAAAAAUAAUCAACCAAUAGUUUACGAUGAGAAAUGUUUAUUAACAGAAUGCAAUUCAGUGCGACACUGUUUCAACUGACAAAACCCAGUCUUUUUCAAGUACGACUGAAAAGAUUAAACAGUUUAUAACACA